AUGGCACCGCACAGAGAUAUUGGUUGGGAUCAUGCUACUCCUAUCAGCAAUGAUAGAAAACAAGCAAAAUGCAAUUAUUGUGGUAAAAUUGUUCACGGCGGAAUUACUAGGAUGAAACAACAUAUAGCACAUGUUACAGGUCAAGUUGAAGCAUGCACGAGAGCUCCAAAAGAAAUAAGAGAGUUAUUAAAAAAACACUUGAUCCAAGGAAAAAGUAUGCGAGCAGCACAUAAAAAAAAGUUAGAAGCAUUGCAAAAUUCCAUUCGUUUGGAAGAUGAUUCUGAUGAGGAAGAAGAUGAAGUUUUUGAAAUAAAUGAAGAUGAGAUAGAUGCUGAAAGAAAACACUUAAAAAGAGCAAUGGCUGAAAGCAGAAAUAUGGAAUUUAUGGAGCAGCAGCGUAGACAUUCUGUUUCCGGAGAUCUACCAAGCUUGAAUUUUAAAGCCGGAGGAAGCAGCUUGAAUACAAAAGGAAGUAAAAGAAAUUUUUUCGAAAGCUCUAUGAAAAAGACAGAAGAUAAUGCAAAAAAAGUGGGUAGAGCAAUUUCGAAAUUUUUUCAUUUUAAUGCAAUACCAUUUCACGCUGCCGAUAGUGGUCCUUACUACCAAACGAUGAUUGACACGAUUGCAUCGGUUGGACCUGGAGUUAAAGGACCUACUGGUAAACAAAUUGGUGGUGAAUAUUUAAACGAGGAGAUGCAAGAAGUUGUACAGUAUGUUGAUUCUUUAAAGCAGAAAUGGAAAACAUACGGAUGUACAAUUAUGUGUGAUGGUUGGAGUACUCGUACAAAACAUCCAAUCAUAAAUUUUAUGGUGUACUGUGAUAGAGAUAUGAUAUAUCACAGUUCGGUUGAUUGUACAAAUAAGGCGAAGACUGCGGACUUUGUCUACACCCUAAUGGAUAAGGUGGUGGAAUCAGUAGGGGUUGACAAUAUUGUACAAAUUGUAACUGAUAGUGAAGCUAGUAUGAAGGCGGCUGGGAAAAAACUGAUGAGGAAAAGGAAGCACAUUUUUUGGUCUCCAUGCGCAGCGCAUUGCAUUGAUUUGAUGUUAGAAGACAUCGGAGAUAUAUUGUCAGUGAAAGAUACGAUAAAAGAAGCCAGAAGAAUUACAGGAUUUAUAUACAACAGUGAUAAAGUGGUUAAUUUGAUGAAAACAUAUACGAAUGGCCGAGAUCUGUUGCGACCAGGCAUAACAAGAUUUGCAACCGAGUUUGUUGCAAUGGAAAGUCUUCUGAGAUAUGCAACCGAUUUGAAAAGAAUGUGUACUUCUAGAGAAUGGGUUGAGUACAAUAAUACCUCGAGGAGAAGACAUGAAGCCGGAGAUAUAUCAGACUUGAUUUUGAAUGAAAGAUUUUGGAAACGGAUACGCUGA